AUGAAAGAUGCAGAUAUUUUGAACCAGUAUGAAAUGAACAUGGCUGAUGGAAAUAUAACACCUGACGUUCUAGAACAUUUAUCUCAAAGAACUACACAGAACCAUAGAGAUGGUAUAUUUGGUGAAGAGUUUAGAAAGAAAGUUAGGGAGAGAGAAGGAAGAGAACCUAUUGUACAUGACCUUGCAAACGAAAGUUUACAAAAUGUCAUAAAAACUUACUUUGCAGACAAUGAACCGAGAAGGGAUGAAUAUUUAAGAAAACUCAAAUGGACAGUACCAAAUGAAAUGUUAGUAUUGAAAAACAUGUUCCUUGACAAAAUAAAACCAACUACAGAAAUAAAUGACGCAAGACUGAAACAUUGGGUAAAAGCUUUCCCAUUCACAAAAGAUAUUAUUGGUAACAUGGAAAGAAAACCAGAAUGGCUACAAAAACAUAUAUUUGGAAACGAGCUUAUUCCAUAUGGACAAGCUCUGUUUGAAGAGCUUGAACCGGAAACUCAGGAAAGAGUCAUGCAAACAAUACGCGAAGACUCAAAUACAAACUAUGACAAAAUCUUUCUAGGAUAUAGGUUACCUGAGAUGGGCGACCAGAGCCCAAAGGCAAAAAGGACAUGGGAAAUUUACAACAUACUAGGUGAACAUGAGGCAAAGAUGCAACAACUUGAAGCAGAGGGCAAGUUACCAAAAGCGACACCAAAGAAGAAGAGUAGAACAAAGUGA